AUGACGGUUUCCAAACAUGCUAAGUUGCUACUGGAUAGCACACAUUUCAGUGACAUUCGCAGCACUGUGAGGUCCCGGUCUAUCGCAUGGGAUGCAUUGGCUAGAACCGCAGAGAUUAGCGAAGCAGAUGCUACCUCUGCCAAGAAACUCGAAAGCGCUUUGAUCAAGCAUUCCAAAAUCGCUAUCACGCCUGCAGAAAGCAUACCAGCUGCUAUCCAUAUCAUACAGACGGUUCAAAAUGCAGAAGUGAAAAAAUUCGUGUACAACUUGCUUGCCGAGCUUCUAUCUUCUGAAGAGUAUGCGGAUGCGACUUUUGACUAUUUCACAAACAAUCCUCGGGCCUUGGUGGACCUUUUCGAAGCGUCCGUUUCUGGUGAUGACCAGUCCAUUCUGCUUUCGAGCUUCAAUGUGGUGUCCUUGUUGAUUCAACCCGGUUUCCACAAUCCAGAUUUGGUGGCGUCAUUGCUCGGAAACGAGCGUUUCGUCGCUGUACUUCAGAAUACAGACCAUAUGGACACAAGCUACGUGUGCAUCAGACUAUUGCAGGAAUUAUCAGCGCUCCAAGAAUACAGGAGCAUCGUUUGGUCUGCACAGAGCUCCUUCAUGCCCACCCUUCUCGGCGUUAUUCAUAACGCUCUCGACAACAACUCAUCUACGAGAGUGGCUCCCACUAACAGUAAUAAUUUGAGCAUCCAGGUCCAAUACUAUUCCUUAUUGACACUUUGGCUACUCACUUUUGAUCAUCAGAUCUCUUCGGAAUUUGCCUCUAAAUAUCUCAGCGAUUUUCUCAACUUGUUGAAACUCGUCAAAAUCACGAUCAAGGAAAAACUUUCGAGACUAAGUAUUGCCAUUGUUCUCAACUGUGUGGCUCCCCAUGUCAAGGGCCACAAGGCGACAAUUCGUCAGCUUUUAUUGUUGGGAAACGCUUUACCAAUCCUACAGUCUCUCAGCGAAAGGAAAUAUUCGGACGAUGAAUUACGCCAAGAUUUGUCUACUUUGAAGGAAUUGUUGGAGAAGACUUAUCAAGAAUUGACCUCUUUUGAUGAGUACGAAGCAGAAGUCAACUCCAAGUUACUGGUGUGGUCUCCACCUCAUGUUGACAAUGGCUUCUGGUCUGAAAACAUCGACAAGUUCAAGGACGAUAAUUGGAAAUUGUUCAAGAAACUCGUAGCCAUUUUGACCGUUCCAAAUAAUGAACCAUCGACUAAGAUCGCCUUGCAAGUAGCUUUGAGCGAUAUUACCCACGUUGUAGAGUUGUUACCGGAAAGUGUGGAGGUCUUGUCUAAGUUGAACGGCAAAGUGUUGAUCAUGGAGCUGCUAAACCACCCCGACUCGAAGGUCAAAUAUGAAGCCUUAAAAGCUACUCAGGCCUUUGUUGCCCAUACUUUCAGCAAAUGA